GAUGCAUACAUAAGAGUAGGCGCUCUUCUCAUGAACAUGAUACUGAGCAACGCUCUCACCUAUGUAGCAAAGUAGCUGUGCUCAGCAAACGGAUUGUAACACUCUGACGCGGAUUUUUACUUGUUUCAGACGCGUCUUUUUUUCUGAAUUGAGUGGCCUGAGCAGAAUGGUAUCCCUCGUGAAUUACGCGUGUAUUUUCUUGCCUCUUGCUCUCCAUCUGAUCGUCGGCCCCUGUCCCAGCUCUGCUGCCUCCACCAGGAGGUGUCACUCCAUCUAUAAGGGCUUCGCUCAGUGUCUGAUGGCUCUGGGAGACAGCCUGACCGACAGUGCCCAGAAAGAUGAGGACACACAGGAGAUACACACCAUCUGCAAGUCCUGGGAUGAGUUUCAUGACUGUGCAAAUGUGGCGAUGGCCUGGUGUCCAGAUGAGGCUUCUGCUGUUUGGGAGUCUUUGCGACAGGAGUCCAAGAAGAUGCAGUUUUCUGGAAACCUGUAUUACAUGUGCUCCAGUCGUGACCAACCAGCUGCCAACGCUGAUGCCCUGAGCCCGUCCAACCAGGAAGAGAUUAGCCAGGAGUCUCUUAAAGCAAACGCCCACUGUCCAGGUCCUGCCUCCUUCUUAUUGCUCCCCUCAUGUCUGUCUUUUCUGCUGCUGUUGCCUAGCCUAUAGACAUGACCAGAGUGAAGGGCAGGGAGGAACUCAUAGACGACAUGUACAAACAGACUGUAUCAAUAAGUCACUCAUAUUUUUUUUCUGUACUAAAAAGGAGUUGCAUAUAUUUCUAGCUGCACGUUCAGAUUGGCAGCUCCUCAUCUGUGUAGUGUAUUCAUUUCGUACACACAUAUCAUCUCUAUGGAUAACUUUAUAUGUUUGUACAAUACUACUGUCCUCAGAUUUUUUAUUCAUAGAUUUUAGAUGUGUAUUACAAUUGGUUUUGUUGCAAAACGCUACAUACAGUGCCUUGCAAAAGUAUUCACCCCCUUGGCAUUUUGUUGCAUUACAACCUGUAAUUUAAAUAGAUUUUUAUUUGGAUUUCAUGUAAUGGACACACACAAAAUAGUCCAAAUUGG